AGCUAGCCACGCCUACAGCCCCUGUUGCUAGGAGACGGCCCAAACAAAAGUCCAUUGAAGCUGGCAUGGCAACACAUUACAGUUCUGGGCAGUACGAAGAUGCUUAUUGUCCCCGGAAUCUGCAGACCUGGGGCCUUCCAAAAGUUUUUAAGAAGCACCCUUCUGCUCGAGAAGGUUACACGCAAUUUAUAGCCAAUGACAAAGGACAUCUGCUUCCUUCCAUCCCACGUUCCAAGGCUUCUCCCUGGGGGACGUACAUGAACACCUGGGAGAUGCCCCUGAAGAUUCCUCCAGCCCAGGUGAACCUCACGUCCCGUUCCGUCGACGCGGCGGCCCGUCUAACCGAGUGGGUCAACAAAUCAGCAGCCUUGACCACCGCCUGCAACGGCUUCUCGCCAGAAAUCAUCGGCAAGCCAAGCAACCCCGUGGCACGUAUUUCUAAAGACUCCUCGGCCAAACGUGGCCGUCCCGCCAGUAGAGGUUCGGGGCGUUCUGGCUUGGCGGAGAAAAUGCCCGCUCAAGAAGGGACCCCGCACGGCGUGGCCGCCACCCCCAAGGGCCCCCUCUCCCGACAGCCGGGCGCCAUGGACGUCCGCAUGAAGGAGGACGCUUCGCCGGAGGUCCAGGACCCCCAGCGCCAGGAGCCCAAAGAGAGCCAGAGAAGUGGAAGCGAAGUCCCGCUCUCGCGCCAGCCGGGGUCCAUGGAUGUCCGCCUGAAAGAGGCCCCGAGCCCUAAGGUCCCCCCUCCCAGCCGCCCGGCCUCGAGAGACCUUGCAUCUCCCAGGAGAUCCAACUCUGCAGAAGCCCCAGCAUCGGGUCGGCCGAGGUCGCUGGAAACGAGACCCAAAGGGGUCAGCACUCCGGAACUUCGGGCUUCCUGCCGCCCGGGCUCCAUGGAAGCCAACCCCGCCAAAGCCUUCGCCCCCGAGGCCUUGCCCUCUAGCCGGCCUGUUACGAAAGCCAGCCAGGUUCUGGAGCUUAGGAAGACCCCACUGGAGAGGGAUGUGAACCAGAGCGAAAAGGGAGGUACGGCCAAACCUCACCUAGAGGAAUCGUCCAACUAAACCUCCCCUGGAAGGUGAAAAAUCCAAAGAUUCUAUUCCCCGACAACUGGAAGUUAAAAGAAACUGUUCUGUUUGGUCUAUCAAGCAACUCCGGUGUGUUUUGUGGCUGUUUUUUCUCUCCCCCUUUCCCUUCCCUCUGCUUCUCCUUUCCCCCUCUAAAUCUAACCCUCUGCCCAUCCCUCCCCUUGUUUCUCCUCUUUCCUAGUAUCUCAGCAAGAAGCACCUUCCACUGAGUCCAGACAAAGGCAAAAAAAACCACCAACCGGCAAAAUCCACGCGUUUCUCGAAUUGCCCCGAUCUAAGAAAACAAGGUGGGGCAUCUCCGUGUUGUUCUAGACAAGACUUGCCGCACGAGGGGCAGCGACGCGACCCGAGCAAUGCCAUUUAAGCAAAAAAAGAAAAUAAAAAUACGAUUGCAUGGACUUCAAAAGAUGGAAUGGUGGAGUCCCACUGAUGGCCGUUUUCAUCGUAACACGUCAUUAAAUAAAGCUAAACCCCAAAUA